GGAAUCUACUUUCCUAGUAUCAUAUCUAUGCAAGAUUUCAUCAUGGGAAAUGGCUGUUACAACAUAGUGGCUACUGUGCUGUUGGUCAUGAAUUUUGAGAGGACAAGAUCAAUAACACAGGAUUCCUGUAGUAACUGUCCAGCUGGUAAUUUCUGCGGGAAAGACAAGAAUCAGAUUUGCCUUCCCUGUCCUCCAAAUAGUUUCUCCAGCACAAGUGGACAAAAGACCUGUGAUAUAUGCAGGCAAUGUCAAGGUGUUUUCAGGACCAAGAAGGCUUGCUCCCCCACCAGCAAUGCAGAGUGCGAGUGCAUCUCGGGAUUCCACUGCUUAGGGGCAGGAUGCACCAUGUGUGAACAAGAUUGUAAACAAGGUCAAGAAUUAACCAAAGAGGGUUGUCAAGACUGUUGCUUUGGGACGUUUAAUGAUCAGAAACGCGGUGUCUGUCGACCCUGGACAAACUGUUCUUUGGAUGGAAAGUCUGUACUCGUGAAUGGGACGAAGGAACGCGACGUGGUGUGUGGACCAACGUCCGCCGACUUCUCUCCAGGAGGUCACACCCCCCAGCUCAUCAUCUUUCUCGCAUUGACGUCAUCUACGGCAUUGUUCCUGGUGUUCUUCCUCGUGCUCCGUUUCUCUGUUGUUAAACAGGGCAGAAAGAAACUCCUGUAUAUAUUCAAACAACCAUUUAUGAGACCAGCACAAACUGCCCAAGAGGAAGAUGCCUGUAGCUGCCGAUUUCCAGAAGAAGAAGAAGGAGAAUGCGAACUGUGAAGCAGAAAUCCAAAAAACUGUUGGGACUCUCUUGAGAAGAAUCGAAGGAGAAACACGAGCCACGCGCUAUCAUAUCUUUCUAAAUUGAAAAAUACCAUCUUGGAUAAGACACAGGAUUACCCCCUACAAGUUUUUUCCAAAUGUUAAUGAGUUGGCCUUUAAAAAUGUACCACUUUUAACAGAACAGAAGUGUGAGACACAGCUGGUGGUAAAGGGGCAUUUUCUAGAUACUGCUUAACAGGCUUGAGCUAGUUUUUUUUGAAAUCCAAAGAGAAUUAUAUUUUAAAUUUAAUCAUGUAUGCCAAUGGUUUAGCUAAAAUUAUAAUCAAAAUAAUUCACUUUUUUUCUGUGUGCUAAUAUAACAUCUGACAAUAAGCCAUAAGAUGCAUGAAAUAUCCCCAACCAAAUGUUCUACUGAUUCAGUAUUCAACACAGUGACCCCCCCCCCCCACUAUGAGGAGGAGAAUGACAACAGUGCCCAAGUUUGGGGUCAAGGGCAAAAAUCUCAGAUCUUGAGGAAGAGUUCUGGAAGGAGUUCGUAAGUCCCCGCAUGCACCAUGAUAUCUCCCUCCUCGCAUCUGCUUUUGUCCUGCUCUCCACUGAGCCAGGGCUUAUGUUUCUUUAAUUCUUAAAAAUUUUAAAAAUAAUAUUUGAAAUACAUAAAAAGUGAAAUAAGUAUGAAGCACACCAUGAACCCAACCAGAGCACUAGCGAAGGAUCUGCCAAC